CGCUCAAGAGGAAAACCGCAUCAUUUAGCGUAGAAGAAGCUUCUCCACCACGACUUUGACAUCGGGCGACUGACUGGUGCUAGCUUGACCUUCUCUCUCCUGCGUGAGAAACACAAAGAUGGCCGGACGCAUGUUGGCAAAUUGGUGGUCCAAGUUGGGCCCAUACUACACCAAGGCAUAUCCGGAGAUGUGGGUGGGCCUUGGCAUCAUGACUAUCCUCUACUACAAGAUCUCCUAUGGAGGCAAGAAGGCUGUGAAGGCCAAGCCAGCUCAUUAGGUUUGAAAGCCCACUGACCAACCCCACCUGCUGUAAAUCUGACCGCCCAUUCCCGAUUCACGGACAUCUUGUUAAUAUGGAAUUAAUAAAAUUGUCAACCAA